CGGAACUUCCGGCAGAAGGUUGAAAACUUUUUCGAACAUUGUUUUGUUAUUUUUGAGUAAUAUAUCAUUCUAAUACAGUGAUCAUGAACUUCUCUGAACUAUUCAAGCAGUCUGGACAACUUUGCAAGUUCUCACCGGAUGGAAAAUACCUGGCGAAUGCUGUUCAGUACCGACUGAUAGUACGAGAUGUGAAGUCACUUCAAAUAACACAACUCUACACAUGCCUUGAUGCCAUCCAGCAAUUUGAGUGGUCAUCUGACUCCUGUUUCUUACUAUGUGGCAUGUACAAGAGAGGGCUUGUCCAAGUUUGGUCACUGGAGGAACCAGAAUGGACUUGUAAAAUAGAUGAGGGGUCAGCAGGUCUUACUGACGUACGAUGGUCACCAGAUGGCAGGCAUGUGCUCACCACAGCAGAUUUCCAGCUCCGGAUUACCGUUUGGUCUCUGUUGAAUAAAUCUGUAUCUUAUAUAAAAUAUCCCAAACAGUGUCAAAAAGGCAUUGACUUCAGCAAAGGAGGCAAAUACAUGGCACUAGCUGAGCGCAGGGAUUGUAAAGAUUACAUUAGUAUUUUUGUCUGCUCAACAUGGUUAUUAGUGAAGCAUUUUAACACAGAUACAGAAGAUUUGGCAGGCUUGGAGUGGUCACCAGACAGCAGGGUUUUAGCUGUGUGGGAUUCAUGUCUGCAGUACAAGCUCAUGUUGUACUCCGUUGAUGGUCGUUGCCUAGCAACAUACAAGGCAUACGACUUUGCCCUUGGCAUCAAGAGUAUAGCGUGGUCACCGACAAGUCAGUUCCUAGCCAUAGGUAGCUAUGACCAGAAGGUGCGCAUCUUGAAUCACAUCACAUGGAAAACUGUCGCGGAGCACGACCAUCCGGCCACAAUGGAAAAUAAUAAUGUGGUUGCCUAUCGUGAAGUGGAAAUGAAGCCAAAUGUACAGCUUGAAUUUCCAAUUUCACAACAAACGUUCAGCAUUCAGAGUAAAUAUGAAGUGAUCGAAGGCUUGACCAUGGUUCCACUCAUAAAGCCAGACUUGAAUAAAGCUAAUCCUCGACUUGGUGUUGGCACGGUGUCAUUCAGUCCUGACAAUAAAUACAUGUACACAAGGAAUGACAACAUGCCACACGCUUUGUGGAUCUGGGACGUCAUGAGACUCAACCUAGUCGUCGUCCUCAUACAAGUCAAUCCAAUCAGAUGUGUAUCAUGGGAUACAUGCAACACCAGGUUGGCGCUGUGUACCGCCAGUAACAAAGUUUUCAUGUGGUCACCAGCAGGCUCACUCUCUGUGGAGGUCCCUGCAGAAGCCUCCUUUCAAAUCUCGUCGUUAAAAUGGCAUCCUGAUGGAAACGCACUCCUUCUGAUGGGAAAAGACCAGAUGUGUAUGUGUUUUCUUGCUGAGGAGAGUGACGGUGCAGCAUGAGGACCAGAUGUAUAUACUGUUACACGGACUGGAGGCCAUUUCUGAUCUGUUGGGAGAGAUUCUGUUAGCAUUAUUUGUGGUCAUUAUCUGUCGUUUGCAGGGAGUUCUGUGCAACCACAUUCUGAAAAUUGGGGUAUAGUAAAUAAUUGCAGUGACCUGCUGUAUUAACUGAUAUAUAUGUACAGUGGUAACCUUAACAGUGUUCAUGUAAUGUGUUCCAAAUCUGUUGUAAAUUUACUAAUGGUGCAUUUGAAAGAUUGUCACAAUUUUGCUCAACAGUAGUUACUUUGUGUUCGGUAAUGUCUUGAAGUAAAAUGGAGUAGGUAGUGGGUCAGGUGAAGUCCUGGAGUUGAGAAUGUGUGGUGUAGUAGGGGCCUACCCAAAGACCUGACCUGACCCAGUGGAGGACAAGAUCAAAAGAGAAAGUUGACACUCGAAACGAAUGCAUGUUAUAUCAUAAAUAAUUGCAGACUAGUACCUCGUAAAUCAUAUUAACUCCUGUUUGAAUACACUGUAUGUAUUCUAUGCCGCUGUGCUCCCAAACUUCCAUACAUCUGUACGUAAUGUUGAUGUGUAUACUUACUGCUGGACAGAAGUAUGAGCUGCUCUGUAGGUUUAACAUAAUAAACUUGUUACUUUAUUAAA